AUGAAGUUAUUCCUCUUCGCUCUCCCGGCGGCCCUCCUUCCCGGAGCAUCCGCCCACUACAUUUUCUCCCGCCUCAUAGUGAACAACACCGUCUCUACCGACUUCCAAUACAUCCGCGACGUCUCCGCCCUUGACGGCAACCCACCCAUGUUCGCCAAAGCCUUCCCCAUCUACAACCUCUCCAAUCCCGAUCUCAAAUGCGGAAAAUCUGCCUUCCCCGUGCGCAACCCGUCCAUCGAAACCGCCACCGUCCUCGCAGGCGACGACGUGGGUUUCCACCUCAGCGGCCCGUACUCCGAAGGCGACAUACAGCCGGAGAUUUUCCACGAAGGACCUGGCCAAGUCUUUUUGUCGAAGCUGCCUGUGGGUAUGGACAUAAUGGACUACGACGGCAGCGGCGACUUCUUCAAGAUCGCGUAUGCGGGGCCGGCCAACAGCACCACGUGGAGCUUGUACGGGCAGACGAGCAUGAACUUUACGAUUCCGGCGACGACACCCCCGGGCAAGUAUCUGCUACGGAUUGAGCAAUUCUUCGCAAGCUCAAAUAAGGGGCAGAGCCAGUGGUAUGUGAGCUGCGCGCAUGUGGACAUUGUGGGUAGUGGUGGGGGAACGCCGGGGCCGUUUAUUAGGUUCCCGAAUGCGUACAAGGAUGAGGAUCCGAAUAUUUGGUUCCACGAAGAGGGCACAAACAGAUUUCCGAAGGAUAUCAGUGGGUAUUUGAUGCCGAAGCCGGAUGUUUGGCAGGGUUGA